AUGUCCACCACCGUCCUUAUUUCCGGCGCCUCCGGCUUCAUUGCCUUGCACACUGUUCAGGAACUUAUCAAGAAAGGCUACUCCGUCAUUGGAUCUGUGAGAUCCAGCGAGAAGGGUGAGUACGUCAAGAAAGAGUCUGGCAACCCCGAGAAAUUCUCCUACGAAAUCGUCGAGGAUAUCGAGAAAGAAGGCGCUUUUGACGAAUUCGUCAAGAAACACCCCGAAGCCACCGUUUUCUUGCACACCGCUUCUCCAUUCCACUUCAAUGCCAUCAACAUCGAAAACGACUUGCUUUUGCCUGCCGUCAACGGUACCAAAAACGCCUUGAAGUCGAUCAAGAAGAACGGUUCCGGCAUCAAGAGAGUGGUUGUCACCUCCUCCUACGCUGCUAUUGCUUCUGCUGAACAGGAUGCUCAGGCUGACAAGACCUACGAUGAGUCUUCAUGGAACAACAUCACCUGGGAGCAGUCUCUUGAAAACGCUGUUGCCGGUUACUACGGUUCCAAGACUUUUGCCGAAAAGGCCGCCUGGGACUUUGUCAAGGAAGAGAAGCCCAACUUUGUCAUUUCCACCGUCAACCCAACCUACGUCUUCGGUCCCCAGCCAUCCAGUUCUUUCAAAACCACUCAAUUGAACACCUCCUCCGAGCUCAUCAACAGCAUCUUGAAGAUCAAGGGCACCGAGGAGAAGGUCAACCCAGUGAACGCUUCUGCUGUGGAUGUUCGUGAUGUUGCCAAGGCCCACCUUGUUGCUUUUGAGAGGGACGAGGCCAAGAACCAGAGAUUGCUUUUGAACUCGGGUCUGUUCACCCAGCAGACCAUCUUGGACGUUUUGCACGUCGAGUUCCCCAGUGAAGCCCAGCAUGUUCCUAUUGGAAACCCCGGUUCUGACAGAGAGGAGGUCAAGACGAGAGCCACUUUGAACAACGACAAGACCAGAAAGAUCUUGGGUUUUGAGUUGAUCUCUGUUGAGCAGUCCAUCAAAGACAGCGCCAAGCAGAUUCUUGAAGUCGAGGAUAAGCUCAAGACCAACGACCUCAACUCCAAGCACCAGCCGUUGUAA